AAUAAAAAUAUCAAAUAAUAACCAACAUCAAUCAUUCAUCAACGCAUUGAUAAAGAAUUUAGUAGUCAAUUUUAACUUAAGAAAAUUUAUAAUGUUUAUUAACCUCAUUACGUUGAAUAACUUGUCGACGACGAAGAGUUGUGUCGGGGAUAGGAAUAUUUAAAUCUUGAAGGUAUUGUUUGUAUGGACCUCGGCGUGACAUUUCUUUUAAUAUAAAAGCAACUAUUAAUUAAUAAUUUUGAAUUACGUUGAAAUUGACUCGUUCAGGCUCGUAUAGCUUGCUAAUGCUAACAAGUGGCGUCAGAGCAUUGGCCCAUAGGGCCCGAGUGUGCCGUUUAUUUUACGUAUACGGUACUGCAUAGCGCGCCACGCUUUCUUCAGUAUCCAUGCGCGGACAUGAAUUUUCUUGUAAGUGAAAAAACAAUUGCCGCCACAGGAUUAUCAUCUGCGUGACCGCGUGUGAUGCGUUAUACUGGUAUCGCGAUAUUGCGAUAUUUCUAUUGUCAAGCCACGCUGUUUUACAAUAUCUGCAUCAAUUGUGGUAUUUUUACCGGUUGAUAUAUACGCAUCGUGGAAAUUUGAAGAGUGAAUAAGUGCAGUAAUCAUGUCUAAUAUAAAAAGUGCUGUGGAAACAAAAUUGUCAGAUGAGAAGUGUCUCGUCGUGCAGUUUAUUAAUGAGAGACAUAAACCUGUUCAAGUGGGCUUUCAAGCGUGGUUAAAAAAGGAAAAUACAGAAUCAGAUUUGAGUCACCUCCUAAACUCGGAGGUGAUUAUUCGAUGGCCCGUAGCAGAGGACAUAAAAUGUGCCAAAAUGAUGGAAAAAAUGAUUAAGAAGAAAAAUAUUACUUGGGAGGACUUGGUUGUAAGAGUGCGAUCUUUGGGAAUAUUUACUGAUAUGUGCCAACACGUCAAAAAUAUUGAACUUUUUGGCGUGCCUAAUCCUUCUCGAGAAGAGAGACGGAAACUUUGCCAUAAGCCAUCAGGCUCAUCUAAUCAAAGCCACACGCUUGAUUUUAACUCAUCAGAAGACGACAGUGUCAGUAUCUGCAAUUAGUAUGUCUAAUAAUAAUUAUAAUCUCUUUUUUAAUUAUU